CCGACGAAACCUCGCAACGUAGACCACGACGAUGCCAUCGGUAACCUCUCGCCGCCCAAACCAAGCCUUGGGCGGUGAAGCGGCCGCCACUUCGCAAACUCUCUUCCGGCUUCUUCUCCGGUGCGCGGAGCAAAAGAACCUCCAGAGCGGAAGCUCUCUCCACGCCCACAUCAUCAAAAGCGGCUCUUGGGCCCACGUCCUCCUCGCCAACAGCGUCGUCAACAUGUACGCCAAGUGCGGCCGCUUGGCCACGGCUGCUGCCGCUUUCGACGAGAUGCACUCCAGGGACGUCGUCUCCUGGAACUCCCUCAUCAACAGCUACUCCCACGAGGGCCCUCCUCAUUCCAACGCCGUCUUCAGACUCUUCAAACGGAUGCGGGCCGACGGCGGCGUUCAUGUCCUUCCGAAUGCUUUCACCUUCGCCGGCGUCUUCACUGCUGCAUCGGCAUCGCACGCGGUACUUGCCGGUAGAGAGGCUCACUGUGUCGCGAUCAAGACGGCGAACUGUGAUGACGUUUUUCUGGGAAGCUCUUUGCUCAACAUGUACUGCAAACUUGGACUUCUCUCCGAUGCUCGCAUGGUGUUCGAUAGGAUGCUGCAGAGGAAUUCGGUCUCUUGGGCAGCCAUGAUUUCGGGGUAUGCUGUGGACAAGCAUGGGGCCGAGGCUUUCAAGCUGUUCAGAUCGAUGCUGGAGGAAGGCGAAUGCGACACCAAUGAGUUUGUGUUCACCAGCAUUCUUAGCGCGGUGAGUCUUCCUGGGCUCCUUGAAAUGGGUCAGCAAAUCCAUGGUCUGGCAAUCAAGAAUGGCUUGUCCUCCUUUCUGUCGGUGGAGAAUUCUCUAAUCACAUUGUAUGCAAAGUGCGAACGCAUGGAUGAGGCACUACUGAUGUUUGAAUCGUCGAGCGAAAAGAACUCCAUCACAUGGUCUGCGAUGAUCACUGGGUAUGCGCAAAAUGGUGAUUCAAGAAAGGCGCUAUCGCUGUUUUCGCAGAUGCAGUCUGCAGGGAUCAGGCCAAGUGAGUUCACAUUCGUCGGCGUCCUUAAUGCAUGCAGUGAUGUGAUGGCUUUGGUUGAAGGAAAGCAAGCUCAUGGUUUCUUGUUGAAGCUGGGAUUCGAGCUUCAGGUAUAUGUCAAGACUGCACUGGUCGAUAUGUAUGCAAAGUGCGGCAGCAGUGAUGAUGCAAGAAAAGGAUUUGAUCAGUUGCAUGAAGCUGAUAUCGCCCUAUGGACCUCGAUGAUUGGAGGCUACGUGCAGAAUGGGGAGCAUGAAGAAGCUCUGGCAUUAUAUUGCGGGAUGGGGAGGGAGGGCAUCUUGCCUAAUAAUCUUACCAUGGCAAGCAUCCUUAGAGCAUGUUCUAGCCUUGCGGCCUUGGAGCAAGGAAAGCAGAUACAUGCCCAAACUCUUAAAUAUGGAUUUAAUUUGGGCAUUCCCAUUGGAAGCGCUUUAUCUACCAUGUAUGCCAAGUGUGGGAAUCUCGAAGAUUGCAACCGUGUGUUCAGACGAAUGCCUGAAAGGGAUGUUGUUGCUUGGAAUUCAAUUAUAUCAGGAUAUUCUCAAAAUGGAUGUGGAAAUGAAGCCCUAAAUCUUUUUGAGGAAAUGAAGCUGGAGGGCACCAAACCAGACCAUGUUACAUUCAUCAACCUCCUCAGUGCUUGUAGCCACAUGGGCCUGGUUGACAGAGGAUGGAGUUACUUCAGAUUGAUGCACGAUGAUUAUGGAUUAGUCCCAAGGGUGGAACACUAUGCUUGCAUGGUUGAUAUCCUUAGCCGAGCUGGGAUGCUGGAGGAAGCCAAAGAUUUCGUAGAGUCGGUUCCCACUGAUCAUGGAAUGUGUUUGUGGCGUAUCGUGCUCGGGGCCUGUCGCAGCUAUCGCAGUUUUGGUGUAGGCGCAUAUGCUGGAGAGAGGCUGAUGGAAUUGGGCUCGCUGGAUUCUUCUGCUUAUAUUUUGUUGUCGAACAUAUAUGCCGCAUGCCGCAGAUGGGAUGAUGUGGAACGGGUGAGAAGGAUGAUGAGGUUCCGGGGGGUGAACAAGGAGCCAGGGUGCAGCUGGAUUGAAAUUAAGAGCAGAGUUCAUGCCUUUGUUGUUGGGGACCUGCAGCAUCCUGAAAUGAAGGAUAUACAUGCAGAAGUGAGAAGAUUGCUAGGCCACAUGACUGAUGAAGGUUAUCGUCCUGCUUCUGGGUUUCCGGUUUGUGAUUAUUUAGAAUCCGAUUUAGGAGGACAUCAGACUAGAGAAGAGUUGCAACUGAUAGCAUCAGCUGCUUCUUGACCCAUUCUUGGGAAGAUAGUACUUUACAAUAUCAGAUGAACAGCAAACAUAAAGUCCAAUUGCUUUUUCAAGUCCACAAGUUGACAUUGCAGAUGAGCAUUCAAUAAAACAAUGCAACAAUGACAUUCUCUCAAAACAUCAUGCUAGCCAGACUGCUUGCCAUCAGAUUCUGCACAAGCUUGUUGGCUAAGAUAAGAUGGAAGCAGAUAUAUAAAGCAAUUGGAUAGGUGAAAUGUGGAAAGCUUCCUAUCAGAUCACAGAGAACUGUUCAUGCGGAGAAGAGCAGACCUUGUCAUUGUGAAAACCAUAUCAAAAUAUCUAUCUGCAAGCUGCAGAAACCAGUUUUUCAUAAGGAAUCCAUGGUGAUGAAGCAACUGGGAUAAUGGGCCUACAAAAAACUGAUGGGAAUUGGGAAUAGGCCCAGAAGCACCAGCCGGCAAACACGAAAGAACGCCUUUACCCCUAAUCUUUGGGAAGAAUAACACCAAGCAAGGGUUAUCGGAAAUGCUUGAGGGAGGGACAUAAUGGUAAAUUCAGCACACAGCAUGGUAC